CUGUUCCCAAAGCAGCACCUCCAAAGAGCCCCAAGAAGCGCGUCUGCCCGCACAGCACCGCCGCGGCCUGCAGCCUCACCGCGCUGCUCUGCUCCACGCCAGCUCAAGGGUUAAGGCCCCGCGAGAUGCAACGUCCAAAGCACGCUGCGCCCCGUGCGUGGGAGGAAAUGUCAGAUCCUGCUGCGCCGGGUAUUUAUAGCACCGCGCCGUGCGGGAAGCAAAACUUGUCAAGUUUUCAACCAGUUGCUUCAGGCUGAAGCUGAAAAGCGAAGCAGCUGAGAGCCCCGCUCUGCACGUUCUGCCCCGCGCUUGGCUCCGGACCUCGCAGCGGAACGAAGUUUGUUUACCUCUUACGAGCUCGAAUCCAUCUGCGCUAUGAGAGCAUCCACUGGGAGCCCGCAGCUGCCCCGUGCAUCUCACGGCCCCGCGGGGCAGAGCGCUGUUAACGUAGCCAUCCCGCUCGCCCUGCAAAGCCAAGGAGAUAACGCAGCCCGCACAGCACACACAGGGCUCUGAAGCUGUGACAUGGCAGUGAUGGGGAUUGCGUGCCACGGGGCUCCCGCUCCGCCCGCCAAGCAGCAGCAGGAGCUCAGCGCCACGAAGGGGCUGCACGAGGCCGCGGGCGAGAAGCAAAGCAGCGUCUGCAAAGUGGAGGAUUCAAAGAAGGCCAUCUUCCAUAGUCAGUGGAAAAUCCUGAACGACGUCAUCACCAAAGGAACAGCAAAAGAAGAGACAGAAGGAGGCUGCGCGUCCAUCUCCAUCAUUGCCCAGGCAGAAUGUGAGAACAGUCAGGAAUUCAGCCCCACUUUAUCAGAGAGAUCCUUUAUUGCCCACAGCAAGCGCUACAGCCGCUCCGACAGCCUCGAUCAGAUCCCCAACAAUGUGGCCCACGCGACGGAGGGGAGGAUGGCUCCCACCUGCUGGAGGGGGAGGCAUCGCGGUAAGGCGAGGAAGAAACGUCACAAGAAACGAUCCAAGCUGAAAAUACAAACGGUGGCUGCUGGCAGGCGGGGCCCCAGAACUCCAGAGCAAGAGAGCUGCACUCCAAUUCCCGUCCAGGAGGAUGAAACGCACCACAACACUCUCUACAGAAACAGCUUUUGGUUGUCAGAACUGAACAAGAACUUGCUUUAUGAUCCACCUCCCUUUGAGAAACCCGAGAAGGUUCUGUCCGCAGACAAGCUCCGUUCACUGGGGAGCCAGUACAAAACUGACCUGCACAAGCUGAUAAGCCCUGUCCAGUGCCUUAAUCAUGUCUGGAAACUGCACUACCAGAGGGACAAUGUCCCUCAGCCUGAAACUCUCCAUCCUUUUCCAUACAACAUCAUGCCCCCUCCCUUCCCCCAUCUGGACAAUCCUAUCCAUCCCAUGAAGCUUAAUGCUCUGGACACCUAUUUCCAUCGUGAUCUCAAUUACCCAGGCAGCGAGCAUCACUUGUCUGGCCUAAACUGGGAAUAUAGCUUCCCCAAGUGCGCCAACCAGUCCGUGAAAAGCAGCUUGGACAAGGUUUCUGUGGAAGAAUACUUGGUGGACGCCUUGAAGGGGAGCGUGAGCCUCGGUGAGCCACAGAACUUAGCCAGCCUCGCCAAGACGUGGAGGGGAGGCGGUCUGGACCCAAAGGAACAGUUUCAAAAAGCAGAUGAAAAUGAAGGCGUGCUGCUUACUGAGAAACUAAAGCCAGUGGAUUACGAGUACCGAGAAGAAGUUCACUGGACCAAGUGUCACGGCUCUCUGGGCAUCGGCUCUUUCGGAGAGGUGUACAAGGUGGAGGACAAGCAGACAGGAUUUCAGUGCGCUGCCAAGAAGGUGCAAGUCGAACACUUCCGUGCAGAGGAGUUAACGACGUGCGCGGCGAUAACGAGUCCUAAAGUUGUGCCGUUGUAUGGCGCCGUGAAGGAGGGGCCUUGGGUGACCAUCUUCAUGAAGCUGAUGGAGGGUGGCUCACUGGGUCAGCUAAUUAAGCAGAGCGGCUGCCUGCCGGAGGACAGAGCCCUCAGUUACUUGGGGCAGGCGCUGGAAGGUCUGGAGUACCUUCAUGCUCAGAACAUUCUCCAUGGAGACGUGAAAGCGGAAAACGUGCUUUUGUCUGAGGAUGGCAGCAGGGCUCUGCUGUGUGAUUUCGGUCACUCUGCUCACCUUCACCCCGACGGCUUGGGAAAGUGCUUGGUCACAGGGAACUACGUGCCCGGCACGGAAACGCACAUGGCUCCGGAGGUGGUCCUGGGGAAGCGCUGCGACUCCAAGGUGGACGUGUGGAGCAGCUGCUGCAUGAUGCUGCACAUGCUGAACGGGUGCCACCCCUGGACGCAGUACUACAACCAUCCCCUGUGUCUGAAGAUCGCGAAGGAGCCGCCUCCUCUGAGGGAAAUUCCACCUUCCUGCAACCCCCUCACUGCUGAGAUCAUUAAAAUGGGCCUGGAGAAAGAGCCCGUGCAGAGGGCGUCUGCGUCCGAGCUGAGGACCAAGGCCAGCGCCGCGCUGGAAGAAGUGGGAGGUGUGACAAGCCCCUGGAAAGGCGAAUACAGAGAGCCCAGGCGUUUGUCGCUGCACAAAGAGAACAACAACCCCCAGACGUCCCUGCCCCCCGCAGCGAGCCCGGCUUCAGCCACUCCUGACCCAGAACUGGCAGCCCGAGGUGACUGUGCCAGCCCCGUGCCGCCGCCACCAGCCCUGGAGCGAGCGCAGGAGCGCGAGGGAACCCGCUGGAACGCGAGCAAGGAGCUGUCCAGGCUCUGGGAUCCUCCCCCCCUCUCCUCUACACCCCUCCCCUUAAAGAGCUGCAGCCAUGUGGAGAGAGCAGCCACCAUUUCCGAACAGGAGCUCCAGCAGCUGGAGAUAGAGCUGUUUCUGAACAGCCUUUCUCAGCCGUACUCGCUGGAAGAGCAAGAACAAAUGCUUUCGUGUCUCAGCAUCGACAGCCCGUUCGUGUCAGACGCCAGUGAGAAGAACUCCAUGAAGGCUUCCCUCAGCCUGCGGGACACCAUGAGCUCCGGCAUCCAUUCCUGGAACAGCCAGACAGACGGACAGAGCUUCAGCUGGAACAACCUGCUGAGCCGCGGCCGCCACACGGACACCCCCAGCUGCUUCAACGGAGUGAAAAUCCAGAUCCAGUUGCUAAGUGGAGAAAAUUUACACAUCAGGGAUUUCCACAGGACAAAAGUGGGAGACAUUGCCACGGGGAUAAGCAGCCAGAUACCGGUCCCCGCCUUCAGCCUGGUGACGAAGGAAGGCCACCCCGUUCACUACGACAUGGAAGUCCCCGACUCGGGGAUUGAGCUGCAGUGCACCCUGGCCCCGGACUGCAGCGUCAGCUGGGCGUGGAGAGUCAAACACGGUCAACUGGAGAACAGGCCGUGAGGCCGCUCCUGUCUGGGAGGGUUUUACCUCGCUGAAAUGUGGAAUUGCAAAAGCUUCCAACCACCCCUGCCACGGAGCACCACGCGCUGGAGGCUGGUGCUGAAGUAGGAUAGCGGCUCAGGGCGCGGUGCUCUCACCUCGCUGCUGUUCCGGCCCCGUUCCAGGACGUGUCCUGAAGCGUAGAUGUUCCCCAGAACAGGGGGAAGUGCUUGUUUUGGGUGUGUUAGAUUGAGCUUGAGAAUGGGAGGUGGAAAUUCCGGCUCUUCGGAGGAAUGCGAUUGUGCUUUUCAGGAGAACGCGGAGACUGGAUGAGGGCUCCCGUCGCUCAGCCCGUGGGAAGGCAGUCGUUCCUGGGCUGGCUGGAAGGAGGAGGCCGAGUGUCUUCAGAGCGGCCAUCAGCGCCGAGGGGAGCAGGCUGCUGUCCUCCGAGCUGGAGGGAAGCUGGAACAUGGCUGCAGGCUUUGGUGGCAGCAUCUCUGCCUCCAGCUUUCCACACAGGGAAGACACAAUGGUAACUGCCUGGGUUCUGGGUUUCACCUUCUGCGCAGACGUUUCCUUCCUCAAUCAGAAAAGACCUUUGCUUCCAGAAAGAGAUUUGCUUGCGGCUCUCAUCUUCGUAUCUCCUCCUGACGUAGGAGCUGGCGCUUCCCCCUCUGCCGCCGCUCCCGGAGCCGCUGGGACCGGAGGAGCCGCGUCCUGCAGCCCCGCUCCAUUCCCUCCCGCCGCCCUGUCCCCGCAGCUCUGGAGGGGAUGGGAACUGGCUCUGGUAGGGGAGCUCUGCGUUCUGCAGCCAGGUUCCAUCUCGUCUCUUAAUCCCACGCUCAGCCGUGGAUCCGGCCCUGCCUCGGCCCCUCCCCCCCCACUUGGAGCACUGCUCAGCGUGGCACGGGCUGGGCCGGCAGCUGGGUGCUUUGUGCCUUAAUUUUUGGUGAACGUUUUUUACUGAUUUGUGUAUUAUUAUUUUUUUUUUUUGGUAGUACACUGAAACUGCAUGUGCCAAAUUCAGGUGGGCAGAUGUUGCUCUCCCUUUGGUAACAGGUGGGCUCUGCCCAGUCUGCGCUGUCUGGGAGGCGCAUGGAGGCAGGGACGGGGAAGGGGAAUUCACUUAAAACAGCUCAACAAAGUUAAGCUCUGGACCUCUGCUUUGAGGAGCAGUGCCCCGUAACCGCUCUCGUUGUCUCCCACCACACGUGGCAGGGGUGUCCUUAACCAGAACCUUACGGCUGUGAUACAGUGGGAAGGUGGAACUCCUGAAGAAAACUUAUACCCGCAGCGGGGACAGGU